AUGAUCUUGCACCAGGGAUUGCUGAAAAAGGUAAUAUUUGCAGGAGCAGUUGCACUGGCUUACCUCCAAGGAGCCAGCUGUAUAGUAGAAGACAAGAGUGUGUUUUUAGAGGGCAUACAUGGCUAUUGGAUUUCAAAAGUCGCUUUUAUAGAAAGCCAAAUUCAGAUUCAAAGCGCUUUCCUCGAAAAGGCUGGGCUUAUAAAGUCUAGAGAAACAGCACUUGACUUUGACUCCUGCGGUGACCUGGAGAAAGGAAAGAGCAUUAUGUCUGAAAUAACAAAAUAUUUCUUACAUCUCAGCAAAGAGUGGGAAGAAAUGGCAGAGUUCGAGGAAACCUUGAACAGGCUAAACACUUUCAUCCAAAGAAGACAGAUGGACUCUGGGAGAAUAGAAGCCUCUGAAGACACUACAGAAUUUGGCAUUAACCUAGUAGACAAAAAGAACGUUAUCUCAAAACUAGAAAGCCUGCUGCCAAAAAUGCUCAAUGAUAGCAACUUAAUCCUUGAGAAAAUGAAGACAUUCAACUUGCACAUGCUGAGAUUCAUAAAAAACCAUAGCAACAAGAAGUAUGGAGAGCACGCCCAAAUACACGAGCUCGGAAUAUUCAAACUAGCAAUGAAAAACAAGCUAUUUGCUACUAACGUUAUAUUCACCUUUUUUGAAGCGGAGCCCUUAGAACCAGCCUUUAGCAGUGAAGACGGUGAAAAGAAGCUCAGACAUUUGUUUAAAUAUUUAGCAGAGUUUACUCCCAAUAGCGAUAAUAUCUUCAUAGACUACAAGAACGCUAUAAUGAACGACAUACGAGAAAACAAAACAAGUCCACUGGUCUCAGCCAAUGCCCAUUUUCCGCUCUUUUUGCAGGAGCAUGGACUUAUUACAGAGGCAGACAGCACUGUAGUUGAUACCUACUUUAACCUGCUAAAAGAGAACCUCCCUGAUGUAUGCACAGACCAGCUCAGCUGCAUAACACCUGAAAAAGUCAUAAGAGUGAUAUUGAUCGAGUAUUUAAUGAACGGAUGUCUGAUAAAUAGCAAGAAAAACCAGCUGUUUUCCAAUUUAAAAAAGACAAUAGAAAAGAUAGAAAGAGUAGCACAGGACAACAUACUUGAUGCUCUCUGCAUGCUGUGGAAAGACUGGUACUGCGAUUACAGAAGACAGAGUCUGUCUCUUGAAGGCUUCUGCAAAGAGAGCCGCCUUAACACUGACUCUUUAAAAAGUCUGCAAAACAUUCUCAUUGAUUCUAAGUGGAUGUACAUGAUAGAGCAGCACAAUUUGAACAUACCAGUACUGUCUUUGAGAGAAGAGAUAGCAAGGGAGAUGCACUUUGACAUGUCCUAUUUGCAUCCCAUGUGGUACAUGUGCAGACGAUAUGAGAGAAUCACCCACCUGAAUGAGCCGGAUUUCAGUUGCAGUGAAAAGCCUUUUAUGGAAACAGAAGGCAGUAACAUUAUAAUUCGGUCAUACAAAAUAAGCAAAAGAGACGAUGAUUUGAUACGGGUGGAGAACAUGAGGGAUUUCAUAGGCACAUGCUUUUCAGAGGACAGCAAUGCAAUUGUGGUCUUGCGCAGACACCAGGAUAAUAUACAGUAUUACGCCUUGAUAGACAAUUACUUCCUUGAAUGCUUCAGAAUGAUACCUUUACGAGGAAUUAUUACAUUCACCAAAGAGGUUCGAGAAGAAGAGGCGAACAACUUCCCGCCACCGUUCAAGAGAGCUAGACUCGCAUAG